CCGAGUCAUAAAAUUCCCCAGGGCAUGAAAACCCCUGAAUCUCCUGCAGGGGGCACCACACGCCUCCCAGGAACCACCUGACCUCCCCAGAGGGCCUUCAGGAACAUCUCCUCCUCCAUUUGGCUUAUACGAAGGCACCCACCCCGCAUCAACUCUGUCUCAGAAUGACUAAAUUGUUAGCUCUUUGGGGCAGGGGUCAACUACUGCUCUGUGUUUGAGGCCCCACUCUUGUCUGGCCCUUUGGCACAAAGGUAACAAACAUGAAUAAUGAUAAUAAUAAACCCUUCGGCUCACCUAUUUUACUUCCUCUGAGCAGGUCUUCCAGUUUUCAGUCCUGACGUGAUCUCCAGGCUGGAACAAGGGGAAGAGCAGUUGCGUCCUGGAUCUCCCAAGGCUCUGAGGAAAGAGGGACCCUGAGAAACGUUCAUACAGUCCCCUUUCUGAGGUUGCCUCUCCCCGGCACAGGGGACGAUUCCUGUCUGGAUACUCCCUCUAUCCCGGCAGGUGAUGGGAUGGUGAGUGAAAACGAGGAGACGAAUCCUAAGCAGGAAAUCCCUGAGCAAGUGGAAUCACACGGGUCGGCACUGGGACCAUCCAAAGGGAACAUUUCCUGGAGGGGUGAGCAGGAAGCAGCCUGCGAGGGUCGGUGCGGGCUGGAGAGGCAGCAGGGAACCCCCCAGUAAAGAGACGAGGUAACUCCACUUAGAGAGGUUUGAAGGACCGCAGUGAAACCAUGCUCCAGCUUAGAACCCACACUAACGAGAAACCGUAUGAAUGUCCUGAGUGCGGGAGGAGCUUCACUCGCAACUCACACCUUAUUGUGCAUCACAGGAUCCACACAGGAGAGAGGCCCUAUGACUGCCUGGACUGUGGGAAGGGGUUCACUCAGGGUGCCGACCUGUCAAAGCACCAGAGAACACACACGGGAGAGAGACCCUAUCGCUGCCCUGACUGCGGGAAACAGUUUGCCACUUUCUCCUCCCUUAUUUCACACCGGAGACUGCACACAGGAGAGAGACCCUACAAAUGCCCCGAGUGUGGGAAAAGCUUCACUGCCAGCUCCAACCUUAUUGUGCACCAGAGAACCCACACUGGGCAGAGGCUCUGGACAUGCCCUGACUGUGAGAAAAGCUUCAGCGUGAGCUCCAACCUUAUCGCCCACCAGAGGAUCCACAUGGGAGAGAGACCCUAUAAAUGCCCCAAGUGCGGGAAAGGGUUCACUCGGAGCUCCUACCUCAUUUCCCACCAAAGAAUCCACACGGGAGAGAGACCCUACGAAUGCCUCGACUGUGGGAAGAGCUUCAGCGAGGGCUCAGACCUUACUAAGCAUCAGAGGAUUCACACGGGAGAAAGACCCUAUAAAUGUCCUGAGUGUGGAGAAAGCUUCAGCCAGAGCUCCAGCCUGAUUAAACACCAGAGAGUCCACACCAGGAAAAAACCCCUAUAACUACCCUGAGUGCAGGAUAAGUUUCCCGCUGAGCUCCACCCUUAUUGCUCAUCAGAGAAUCCACACAUGAGAGACUCUAUAAAUGUCCAUUCUGUGGGGAAGGCUGCAAGUGGAAGGUCUCUCUAAUGUCCCACUAGACACGCCACAGAGAAGGUGGCAGGAGCUCUCCCUGAAUGUAAUGAUUCUAUGCCCUGCUAACGCAACGUACAAAUGUGCUUCAUUUCAGGAUGGUCUAGGUAGAGGGGGGCCAGGCGGGUGGAUGUUUUGGGUUUCAGUAUGGCCAGAGGAGGGAGCACUGGAUACUGGGGAGACGGGUUAUUUCAAGGUCUGGGGGGAGCAGGUGUUGAAAUUAGUGAGGAGACAUUUCUGCAGGGGCCACACACACUUGCCAGGUCAGAGAAGAGGUGAAGAUGCCCCAUUGCACUUUGUGUCCAUGUUGUCUCUGCAGCUCCCAAAGCCUCUCAGGGUGGGGGUGAGGGCAGGGGACGCUGUUAUUAUUAAUUAUUGGUGUUAUGGCCCAGGACCCCUCUGCAGCAGGCGCUGUGCAAACGUGGAAUGAAAAGCCAGUCCCUGCCCCAAAGAGUUUACAAUCUAAGUGGAGAGACGGGACAACAGAUGGAGACGGACAGAUGGAGGGCAGGGAUCCAAGGAAGCAGACAGUAUUGGUAGCAUGAUGGGUAGCACGCUCAGCAUACCAGCACCCUAACCACUGUCAGUUUUUUUUGCAGGCCUCACAGCAAAGGAGAGUUUUAAGUUUUUCAGGGAAAGAGUGGGGGGCCCUGUGGGUCCAUAGUAUAAAGCAACAAGAGCUGCUGAUCCGAAGUGAGAGGAUGGACUCUGUAAAUGCAGGGGCUGGAGACUGGGGAAUUCCUGGGGGAGAUUCCCAGAGAGAUGGGAGAUUGCCCUGUUCCUGAGAGUGCAGUAUGGUGUAGUAGUGAGAGCAGGGGGAAUUGGGCCUCAGGAGUCCUGGGUUUAGUUCCUAGCUCCAAGCGGGAGUGUGAUCUAGUAGUUAGAGCAGGGUGGGGGUGACUGCUGGGCUCAAUAACCAGCUCUGCUAGUGUCACUUCAUCCCAAUCACUGCCCCUCCUUUCUCUGCGUGUGCCUCUCCCAUCUGUGCAAUGGGGAUAAGUCACACACCAUCCCAGGGAGUCGUCACUAAUUACUGUGUGUUCAGAGGCUCAGGAGGACAGAGGUGCCAAGGGAGGGGAAGUGUCAUUUUUACUGUGUUUCAUUAUUAUCUGAUCCUCUCCCAUCCCACCCCAGCUGUCUCAUCAGUGGAAGGGAUUUACUGAGCUGAAGGGAAGGGUUUCAUCUGUUUCUAGGGAGGGGCUCAGCUCACAUUGUCACAUACCGGGCUUAUUCCUGAACUAACUGCCCUGGGAGGGCUUUUCUUUUUGUUUCUGGAUGGGGCAGUGGGGAGGUGGGGUCCUGUUUUUUUGCUUUUCUGCAAUAGCAGAGACUGGAUCGAAUGACACAGAAGCCCGCUUCCAGUUCUAUGUUCCUGCUUCUGGAAACGCAAGUUUCAGAGGAAUGUUUAUUUCUUGCUAAAGUUUUUACCUAAUGGGAUUUUGAUUUUCCCAGAUAAAUUCCUCAUAAAAUGUUUAUUGUGAAUCCCUCGUCUCCCUGAGAAUUUCCUGUUCUCGAGCUCUAGAUGUGGGGAGCGAAGUGCCAGACAGGGACAUUCCCCAGCCCCCCUGUUAUUUUCUCCCCAUCAGCAGGAAUUGCUGGCUCCCCCAUAUCCAGCCAUUCACUGAUGUCUCUGCUCCCCUGGUGUUCGAAGUGGGGUCAGGGUGCCUCCACGUCUUUCUUUUUGCAGCCCUUUGUGUCUCAGGGCUCAGUCUCGGUGUCCUCCCUUCCCCUCUCCUGGGGGUUAAUUGCUGCAGGGGUUAACGAGCCACCCAGGCAGAAUCCAGGUGCUCCGGCUGGGUGUGAGCCCCCAAGGCCAGUUCCCAGUGGGCUGGAGCCAGGCACAUGGCCAGACGGGGAGCAGCCCAGCUCCUUGUCCCCAGCACCGUCUCCAGCAUCUGUCCCCACUCAGCUCUGUGCACAGCGGGUCUGAACAGUGACCUUUUCCUGUGGAUGCAGAGCAGUGCAGGGCUGUUUACGUCCUGGCCACACUUUAUCCCAGCAUCCCUGUUCCUGGGGCUCAGACCCUGAUGGACACUGAGACAGGGACCCAUAGAUCAGCCAAGGUUGGGAGUUCGUUUCCCCAAGAAUUGAAACUAAAAUAGCUAAAAGAGAUUAUUGUUAAUCACCUAGGCAAGAAUCUCUCAUAAUUUGCCUAUGGAUAAAACCUCUCUCUCCCUCCCAACCUAGCUAAAAAGAACUAGUUACCAAGGCCUGGUCUACACUAUGGGGUUAGAUCGAAUUUAGCUGUGUUAGGUUGAUUU